UGCUUCCCUUUGUCUUCUUGUUCUUUGAUUGCUGACCAAGCAGCAAACCACCUGGGGCAAUGACUGUUCUACUGGCUGCCUUACUCUUGGGGCUGGCUCUCCUAUCCUUCUGGAGGAUGGCAAAAGGGAAACUGGAGCCCAAGGCAAACUACCCCAGAUGCCUGCCAUCCCUGCCAGUCAUCGGAAGCCUCUUUUAUUUUAUUGGACAUACCCAGUACCAUCUCUUUUUCCACAGAUUGCAGCAGAAGUAUGGCAGCCUCUACUCCUUGUACAUGGGCUCCAGUUAUGUAGUAGUGGUCCACGACUAUACCCAUGCCAAAGAGGUGCUGCUUAAGAAAGGGAAGAUCUUUGGUGGCAGACCUCAAAAGGUGACAACAGACUUGCUGACUCGAAACGGAAAAGACAUUGCAUUUGGCAAUUACAGCCCAGUCUGGAAAGUUCAGCGCAAGCUGGCACAUUCUGCACUCUCCAUGUUUGGAAAGGGUUCUCUGGCCCUGGAGAAAAUCAUCUGUCAAGAAGCAGCUACUUUGUGUGAACUUCUGAGUGCUAAACAGAAUUCGCCUCUGGACAUGGCACCUGAACUGGCACGUGCUGUUACUAAUGUGGUGUGCACCAUCUGCUUUAACUCAUCCUACCAGCGUGGAGACCCUGAGUUUGAGUCCAUGCUCCAAUAUAGCCAAGGCAUUGUGGAUACUGUAGCCAAGGAGAGCAUGUUGGAUAUCUUCCCUUGGCUUCAGUUCUUUCCCAAUAAAGACUUGGUACUGCUGAGGAAGUGUGUGGAAGCAAGAGAUCAGCUCCUACAGCAGAAGUUUGCAAAACAUAAAGAAAUGUUCAGCGAUGACGAUUCUGCCAAUUGUUUAUUAAACGUACUCCUGAGAGCGAAACUCAACAUGGAAAACAACAACAGUCAUCUGUUGCCUGGGCAGGAGCUGACGGACGACCACCUGCUCAUGACAGUGGCUGACAUCUUUGGAGCUGGUGUGGAGACGACCACAACUGUGUUGAAGUGGAUUGUGCUCUAUCUCCUGCACUACCCAGAGGUGCAACAAAAGAUCCAAGAGGAACUGGAUCAGAAACUUGGCUUUAACAGAUAUCCUCAGCUUGAUGACCGGCAGCACUUGCCUUAUUUGGACGCUACCAUUAGUGAAACUCUGCGCAUCCGGCCUGUAGCUCCACUCCUUAUCCCACACGAGGCACUGGCAGAUACAAGCAUUGGGAAAUACGACAUUCCUAAGGGAGCUCACGUUGUGAUUAACCUGUGGUCCAUUCACCAUGAUGAGAAAGAGUGGGACAAGCCAGGGGAAUUUAAUCCAGGACGUUUCCUGGAUAAGGAUGGGAAGAGAAUCGCCUCUCCCUCACCCAGUUAUCUUCCCUUUGGAGCUGGUAUCCGGGUUUGUUUGGGAGAAGUCCUGGCCAAGAUGGAGCUGUUCCUCUUUAUAGCGUGGACCUUGCAGAGAUUCACACUCAGCGUCCCUCAAGGCCACACAUUGCCUGAACCAGAGGGGAAAUUUGGAGUUGUGCUUCAAGUACCAAAUUUCAAAGUGAAGGCCACACUGCGGGAAGCUUGGAAGGCCAAAGUAAGAGAGGAGUGACGUUAUUUGGCUCUCAGGCAGCCUCCCUAAAUGGAAAGAGACCAAAAAUUACUUCAGCUGGUUCAGUAAAAGGUUUGCUGGAUAAGUGUGUCAAGAAGGGGAAGUAAACUUUUUGGUCAAGGACACGAGCCACUAUCUACAUAGCAGAAUAUAUUAGGCACAUUGGACAAAGGCAGAAAAGACACCACAGUUCAUAAGAAACUUUUUUGACAUCGAAAGUUGCAUCUUCUUCCAUCUCUCCCUCAGACUCCAAUGGAAUAACUGAGAAUGCAGUGUUUUGCAUGGCAGAGCAGUGACAACUCUGAAGUGUCUCUAAACAAAGAGGUGACCCCAUUUGUCUCCCAUUGCUGGACUUCUGUCAUUAACCUAUACUGUUAAUUUUCUUUCAGUGAUCUUAACCUGUGGAACACAGCUCACCCAUUUAGAUAUGAACUUUGUCCCUUCUGUGUCCUCCCAUUCUUAUUUUUUGGUGCCUCCAUUGAUGUUAGCACAGGAUCCUCAAAUGCUUGUGCUGAAAGAUCUGGUCAUGAUUAGUUAGGAAAUCAACGGACACCAGCCAAAGCACUAGCACAACAAAUUAGGGAAAGCCCUGGUUUGAGAAGAGCAUGCAUAAAACAAGGACAGAGCGCUGCAAAACCAUUGUCAUGGGUCUUUUGUAACUUAACUAUGAGCACCAGAGGCAGAUGGGAAUACUGUGAUGUCUCUGUUGCUUGCCAGUACCUAUGGACAGCAGCAAAAAAUCCACAACCUUGAAUGCAACCCAUUUUAUGUCCUAGUGCUUUCUGUAGAGAGGGGAGAACAUUAGCUGUCCAAUGAUGGGAUUAAAAUAGCUUUAGGAAGUGUGUCAGAAGAAAAGCGAAGCUGGUUGGUUCUUAUCUGGGGGGAGCGCAGGCCGAAGCUGUGGAUAUAACAUCAAAUUAUAAGGGGUUACUUCAAGGAAGAAAAAUAGCUCUCAUUUAAAGCCAGGGUAUAGUUAGGGAGGUCUAAUCAGCAGGCUUUACACUGGGUGAGAAGAGCAACGACCUCAUACCUCAGCUGGAGUCUGUUCACAGCAUGUAUUUGUUCAAAACUGAGGCCUAUGCAGUACAGGAGAAUCUGUGUCUUCUGGAUGUUGAUGGACUAUAAGCCCCAUCCCUAAUCAUUGGCCAUUCUGGGGGGGACUGAUGGGAGUUGAAGUCUAACAAUAUCUGGAAGGCCAUGUUACCCAUUCUUGCAGUAAAAGCCUUCUGCUACAAGGAUAGGGCUUCCUCAGAUUUAUAGGGCUAUUCAUUUGUAUUACUACAGAGAAGAAGAAGAAAACUAAUUUCACCCACUUCCAAAUUUGGUACAGCUUACUUCUACCCCACUAUAUCCUCCCUCUAGAAAUACCAUUGACUUUAGUUACCUACAUUUUAUUUCUCUCAUAUACGGCUUUUCUUCCACCCACAUAUUUUUGAUUUUCCACCAGGUGUUAUGCUCAAUACAACUGCCAAAAGGGUUUUUCCCUUUUUCAAUUUGCUUUUCUGUUUUAUCAUAUCAACGCAUACUGUGUUAAAGUCAGACACAGGACAAUUGGGGAAAAACAAACAUAUAUAUAUACAACACACAUAUAUGAAUAAUAAUGGUAACAUAGCUUAUUCCUUAAGUUUAUUUGACUCUUAUAAACCUUAGUUUUUACUCCCCUUCCACUCUUUCCUUGGUUUCCUAACUGCUAUCUUUUCAACUGCAUUUUCUUACUCUACUAAGUUGUUUUCGGUACCUUAUAUUAUCCCACGUUGUACCAUCUACUGCUGAGUGUUUUUUGUCAGCCUGUUACGAUUAUUUUCUUGUUAUAAUAUUUUUCCAUAUAAUCUAUAUAUAAUGUCCAGUCUUCUUUUAAAUUCUUAUACAGUGGUACCUCAGGUUACAUACGCUUCAGGUUACAUACGCUUCAGGUUACGGACUCCGCUAACCCAGAAAUAGUACCUCGGGUUAAGAACUUUGCUUCAGGAUGAGAACAGAAAUCGUGCUCUGGCGGCACGGUAGCAGCAGGAAGCCCCAUUAGCUAAACUGGUGCUUCAGGUUAAGAACAGUUUCAGGUUAAGAACGGACCUCCGGAACGAAUUAAGUAUGUAACCAGAGGUACCACUGUAGUUCUUUUUUAAUGCAUAACUAGCAGUGAAUUUUAAGUUUGUUUUCCACAAUUGUUCCUGCAGGUUCAAAUCAAUAUUAUGACCCACAUCUUGUGCCCAUUUGAUCACAGAUGAUUUUACAAAUUCUUCUUUUGUUUCCCAAUCAAGUAAUAUCCUAUACAUUUUAGAUAAAUUUUUAACUCUAAAUUGUAAUAUUUCUUUUUCAAAUUUUGAUAGUUUUUCUGCGAAUCCCAAUUUCUUAUCUACCUUAAAUUUUGAAUUGAUUUGGUGAUAAUUUAGCCAGUCCAACACGUACUCUUUAAUCUCUUCAUUUCCCCCCCCCCCCAUUUUUGGUUCUUCUUCUGAGAUGUCUAGCAAUUCAUUAUCGGUACCCCAGUUGUCACUCAUAUUAAUUUCUUUUCCUUGUCUCAGCUUCUAUUGGGAAUAACCACUUUGGUGUUUCGUUUUCUAACAAUUUUUUUUGUAUUUUUUCCAUACUAAGGUUUUUCUAAUAACAUGAUUGGCGAAGCUUUUACGUAUUCCAGCUUUGCCGUACCAAAUGCCAGCCAUAUUUGACAUCAUGGCCCUCCAAGUCUAGCAACUGUGCAUUUUCUAGCAAUACCCAGUCUUUAAUUCAACACAGGCAGGCAGCUUCAAAAUACAAUUCUAAGUCAGGGAGUGUAAAACCUCCUGUCUUUUAUGUCGAUAAGGAUCGUUUGUUUUAUCCUAGGUUUCUUCCCCUUCCAGAUAAACUUAGACAGAUCUUUUCACCAAUUUUUCAGACAUUGUGUAUUGUUAAGUAUUGGGAUCAUUUGCAGUAGGAAUAGCAUUAGAAAAAAAUAGGGGAAAUUACCAGCUGGAAAAUAAGAGAAAAAAGCGAAGUACUUAGGAGUGUGGCUAUAGGUAAAUAAUCAUAACAUCUAUAAAGAUAAUUAUGUGAGGACUUGGAAAGAAAUUAAAAAAGACUUAGAUAUAUGAAGCAGAAUGCAAUCAUUAUUAAUGGGGAGAAUCUCGGCAAUAAAAAUGAAUAUUCUCCCCCAAAAUACCAAAAGGGUUUUAUUUUUAUUACUUAUUUUGGAAUAUAUAAAUCUGAUUUGGGGACUGUUUAUUCAGCCAAAGGUUGACAGGGUGUGAACCCCAUUAAGCUUCUGAUUAAACAUGGUUAGUUUGCAUACCAUUUGCAGCAGGGACUCUAAAUUGAGGGUGGUGAUAAUGAUUCAAUAAAUAUGAUUCAAGAAAGUUUUCCUAGAUUUAUUAACACAAACCAUUUUUGUUUUUUAAAAAUGCUAAGCUUUCUCGCUAAAAGCAAGAAUCCUACACUAUUUACCUGGGAACAAACCACACUGGAAAUUUCUUCCAAUAGAAUGGCAGUGUAACUUAGCUAAUAAAUGAUUAAAAUAUACCAACUAGUAAAUUAGGAAGCUUCAGCUAUUUCAGAAGGGAAUAUUUGCUAUACUCCUAUGCUCAGAUUGCUUCAAAGCAAAGAUCACCAUAUUCAACGUGACAUACUCCAUGUUGAUGUUGUCUAAUUCUACAAAGUUACUGAAAGGUUUGUAGAACUACAAUCACAAUUGCUUUCUUGGUUGGUUGAUUCCUCUAUUAGUAUAUUUGCCACUAGACUUACAGACCCCGUUCUCCAUAUUCCUUGUAUGCAUGGAUGAACUUGUGUGCAUAUUUUACCAUAUUUGCUUCACAUUUACCAUGGUUUUAUGGUAUGUAUUAUGGAUUCUGGCUGAAUUAAAACAUAUCCCUCAGCAA